GCCAUAUAAUUACCUAAUAACGCGACUUAUAGUUUGAAAUACACGAAAGUCCCUUGGCGAGAGACUGUUGAAGCAAUGAGGUGGAAAACUAAAGCGCUAAUUCAUGAAACCUGGGGUAAGAAGAAAGUGUUAGCAUGAGCAGCUAGCUGGCCACUGCUUUUUGUCUGGCUGAUAGUUUUUACUACCAACGGACGUUUUCACAUUAUGUGUUAAUAAAUUGUCCCAAUGUGAGCCUAAUUUCCCAGAUCUUAGUUUGCAUUCAAGCUGUUGUCGUUAAAUGAUGCAGUACCCGCGCAAAACUUGCUAACAUGCAAAUUAAACAGUUGCAGAGGACAUCUUGUCUAAAGUAGCUGUCUGUGCAGGCUGAUCAUAACAGCUGGGAACAUGCUGGAUAAUCUGUUUAAUGUGAGGAAAGGCACAUCACCAUGGACGACUCGGACCAGGAUUUUGUAGAUCUCUGCUCGAAGCUGCUCAAACGAGUCCGUAAGAAACCAGGCGAGCCCAGUCAGCCAAAGAAGGCACAACAUCAGGCCUGCAGUCAAACAAGCGACAGGGACAAGAGGAGGAGGAAUACUAAAAAAGAUACCCAGUCUGCUACCCAACCUGUAAGUGCUUUAACAGAACAGCAUGUGGACAGUGGAGGGACUGGACAUGACUCAGGAGAUGCUGGGUCAUCGGUGGCGUCUCCUGCAGCAGCAGCAGCAGGGUCGAGAACUGACAGAGGCCAAAGAGCAAAAGACAAAGUACUUCUCAGAAUGCAGCAGUUCAAGAGAGUCACUCCACAAAAGAUGGUGCAUUCAGACAAGAUCCAGCCAACAAACCAGGACUGUGCUCCUUUUGCAGAGCAACAAGGUACUUCAGAGUCUGUCAGCUCUGGUUUCGACCCAGGACCCCCGGACAGUGACGAGGCUCUGGCCCUGCGGCUGCAGCAGGAGCUGGACAGGGAGGCAGCGGAGGCCCAGACGGUGGACUUGGAGGAUGGAGGCCUCUUCUUCUGUCAGAUCUGCCACAAAGACUUAUCCCACAUGACACCUGGAGGGCGCACACAGCAUCUCAACAGGUGUUUAGAUGAGAGUGAAGAGAGCGCUCCAGGACCUGCUCCAGCUCCUCCUCCACCUCCCAGCGUCCCCGACUGUCCCAUCUGUGGCAAGAAGUUCAAAUCCCAGAAGAGUCGCUCGGCCCACCUGAAACGCUGCUCCUCAGAUAUGGGCGUCUCUCCGGCUGUGCUGCUGCAGGCUGUGCAGAGACAAGCUGAGGAGAACCAGAGCGCCACCACUGCUAACACACAACAGAAUGUGGGCACGAAAAGGAAAGGUCCGUCCGAGCCGGGCCUCCCAGCGAGGAAGAAGCCCAGGAAGAAGACUGAGCCUAUGGAUGAAGAGACCAUGGUGGCUCUGGCUCUGUCCUCCUCCCUGCUGGAGCGGGAGAAGGAGCAGCAGAGAGAGAGGGAGGCCGAGAGGCAGCUACAACAAGAGACUGCUGCCUCUCACAGCUCCAUGAAUCCGCUGCUGAAGCGGAGGACAGACGUAGGUAAGGGCCGUGGAAAGAAGAGGAAGGGUGCCAUCCCUCGGCCUCCUCCGCUCCUCCUGGUUCAGGAUGCUGAGGCGGCCCUGACGAGGCUGCAGGAACGCGUUUCCUCUCUUCUUCUACGCAGCCGGGCCCCCUCGCCCCCCACCCCGACCCUCUGCCCCAGCACUCUGCCCGGCUGGAGUGGUGCUGCCCCCCUCUGGCAGAAAAGCACGCUGCAGGACGGAGGCUCCACCUGUGCGUCUGAUUUCUAUACUCCAGAGCUCAGGGAGUUCUUCACAACCCGGGAAUCAGUAACGACUAAUGCAGCCUCAUUCAGCACAACCAACAAGCCGACAGAGUCUUCUGUGGCUGAAGGAACUCCUCUCUCAGGAACCAGGGCCUCCAUCCUGCCAUCUCCAUCCAGGACAGCCUCCUGCUCUCCAGCUCUCUCCACUCCAGUGGGCAGCCAGGCUCUCCGAGACCUGAUGGAGCUGGCUGAAGACGGCAUGACCCUCACACAGUGUGGAUACACGGGCAAAGACAACCUUCGUCUGAGCGGCUUCAUCCGGGAGGAAACAGAGGAGCAGGCUGAUCUCUGUGUCAGCGGCUUCCUUCCAGAAAAGGUCGACACAAACUUGGAGGAAACCCAUAGCCGAGCGACGAGGACGACUGAUCAGCCAAGAGCAGUCAAAGAAACAGGCAGCCGCCAAUCAGCGGCGCUGUCCAGGCUGGCGUCGGACCUGAGCAGCAUGGUGAACAACCCUCAGCUCAGUGAUGUGCAGCUCCAGGUGGACAGUGGAGAGAUUUACUUUGCUCAUUCCUUCAUGGUGUACGCUCGCUGCCCCCUGCUGGCUGAAAUGGUGCAUGAAAGUGGUUUUGGAGUACAGGAGGAAGGCACGCCUGCAGCUCAGAGGGUGUUGAUUAGCGACGUCCCCGGCCAGGCGGUGUUCACUCUGCUGCAGUACCUCUACACAGCCCACUGCUCCAUCCCAGCAUCACUGCAGCCUCAUAUGCUGGAGCUGGCAUCCAGGUUUGACUUGCAGGAGCUGCAACAGCUUUGUCAGUGUCACCAAGAGGAGACGGCAGCUCUUGGAGACGAGGCAGAUUAUGUGAACCAGGAGGAGAAUAUCAACAACCAAACAGACCAGGCCUUCCUGGAGCUCCUCCGCUCCAUGUGGAACGAAGGGGAUAAAGAUGACGACGGGGCGGAUUCGGAUGAAGGAACGGACGCAGAGAGGCGUUUGGAGGAGGAACGUCAAGCCGACGAGGUCACAUCAGAUGACAGAGAGAUUUCUGAGGAACAAGUGAAUGAGGAAGAGCUGGAGGAGAUCUACGAGUUUGCCGCCACACAGAAGAAGAGGGAGGAGACAGACAGCCAGGAAGAGGAGGAGGAGAGGGAAGAUCAGGAAGAAGAUGGCGAUGCAGUGUUCACAAAACUUAAAGAACCCGAAAGAGACGUUUGUGGAAAAAACUUGCAGGCCAACUCUGAGCGUCAGCAAGACCUCAGCCUGGAUCGCAGCUACAACCGUCUCUUUUCAGUCUCAUGGGGCGUCUACGAAGAAGGAGAUCACUCCUCUGUAGCCUCCACCUCUGGUCCCACAAAGACACACCUACCUCGACCCAAACAACAAAAGUCUCCUCAUAAACCAUCAUCCAAAUUCUCUGUCAGAACUUUGCUCCAGUCCUCAGAAAGUUUAGUGGAAGAUCUUUCCCUCAGUCCUCCACCCAGUACGUCCAACCUGCCCAUCCCGGGUCUGUCCCCUGGUCCAGUGGCUGACCUGGGCGCUGAUGGAGAUAAGGGAGAAGAUGCUGCUGAACACGAUGUGCCUUUGCAGCGAGAAAGUCAAGGUCCUCAUAGUAUUUGCGUCCCUCCACCUCCUGAUUCACCUCAGAAAAAAGAGGAACCAGAGCUCAUAGUGUUGUCAGACACCAGCGAGGAGAUGGAGGUGGAUGUUGCUGUUGUUGGUUCUCGCAGUCCUUCGCCAUGUUCUCCCUGCGUUCCAAGCUACACAGAGAUCAAAUCCAAGCAGAUCUCUCCCCCUAAUCAGCCUACUUUGGGGAGAAAAGAGUCAGGCAGUCUGGAGUUAAGUCCUGGUGAUCCACUAGCAUGUUCUCCAGAGGUUUCCUGGCUGAUCCCGUCCACACCAGUCCAGACUCGAAGAAGCACCUCGAGCAGCUCCACUCAGACCAAAAGCAGCAUGUGCAGGACACAGCUGUUCCCUAAAGGUGACGCCUCCCCACCUUCAUCUUCUGUUUUCUCUUCUCCGGUUUUACCAAGCGAGAGCGCGCUUCACACCUCCAAUAGUCCAAACAAAGUUUCUCCUAAAAAAAGCAGUCAUUUUUCAGUUCCCCUGUCCGUACCUACUUCAUCUUAUUGCCUCAAACCUUCCUUAAAGCAGCACACCCCUCUCCACCUGCAGCCCCAGCCUCACAGCAGCACUCCCUUUCAUACAGACCUCCUCCAGCCUCCUGUCCCUCUCGCUGCCUCCCCGUUCCACACUGACCCUGAUGAGCAGAGGUCAGCAUCUUCAAAAAGCCCAGAGAAAACAGAAUUGGCAAGCUUUCAUCUUUCGCCUUUGUCCGACCCCUCAGGGCGACCCUCUUCUUCCUCUCACAGCGGCCUUCAAAGUUCAAAGAGACGCAGCAGGUCCUCCAGCCAAAGUCAACAUUCUGUCGAGUCCAGUGGUGGAGACAACACAGGGGUUGAGCUGACGAGGAGGGGAGUAAGAAAUGAGGAAGGAGGAAGAGACAAUAAAGACGUGGGUGGUGAAGAGCAGGAAGAAGCACAAGGAGAAACCGAAGAGGCAGAUGGUGCAGAGUCGAGUUUCCAGCAGAGUUUCUUGGACAUGGACGAGCCUCCCAUAGCUUUCAAUGACUCGUGGGGUCUGGACGCCUGUGUGGACGCCAAUCCAGGCUGCUUCAGUCUGAGGCUGGAGGACAGCGACCGAUCCAGCCCUGGGCAACGCAGCAUCCAGUCAUUGAGCAACCACAGCGUGACUAAUGCUUCUCCACCUAAAGGUCAGCAACCAUCCAGCAGCCUCCAGGUGCAUCCAGGCCCCUCCUUCACCCCCCCACCGCCUCACCACAACACACGGACCUCACCGGAGAUUGACAAAGGCCUCCUGGACUCCAAAAUAUGGGACAGCUGGGAGGACGAAGAGGAGGAAGAGGAGGUUCUUCCUCUCUCUCAGAGGGUGAACCCAUCUGCCAAGCUCAAAACCCCAGUGUCAAUAUGCAACAAAAGGCGACGCUCUUUGAUGCCCAUCACACCGAUGCCGCACUACUCUGACAUGGACACACCUGAGCUCAAAAACAAGCUCAACAGGUUCGGUGUUCGGCCUUUGCCAAAGCGCCAGAUGAUCCUCAAGCUGAAGGAGAUCCACCAGUACACCCAUCAGCUGGUCAGCUCCGACUCCGAGGAUGAGGCUCCCCCUGCAGUGCAGACGGCUCAGACGAAGCCUCCUGCCAGCAGACCCGCCUCCUGCGUCCAGUUUAAAGAACCCAGAGCACUUAGUGCCACGUCCCCCGUGAAGCAGCACAGAGAGGAGGAGGCAGAGCCGCUGUCGGCCUCUCAGGGCUCCAACACCUCUUCAACCGCAGCCAGCGAAGAAUCUGAAAGGUCCAACCCGGAGUUGUGCAUCUCCUCCGGCGGCGACUCUGACAGUGACGGCGGCAUCUCGUCCUCCCAGGCGGCGUCCCGCCUCCAGGAUCGCCUCCUGGCCGUGCGCUCCUUCAUCCUGUCUGACUCUCAGCUCUACAGUCAGAUCCUCCAGUACCAGCCUCUGGUCCUGUCCCAGCUGCAGCAGCAACUCAAGGCGGCCGGGAUCCGCCUCGGUGCCGCCAAGCUGGUGGACUACCUGGACUCUCAGUGCAUCACCUUCACCACGGCCAAGCCGGGCCACUCGGCACCGAGCCGCAGGCGGGUCAAGAGGACAAAAGCAGGUGAACGAGGGCCAAGCAGGAAAAAAGCUGUUGCGGCCAUGAUUUGAAUCUUUGACUGUCAAGGUUUUACCCGGAAACGGUUUAAGGUGGCAGGUUUUACUUCAGAGCUUGGACUGUUUGUUUGCAAAUAUCAUUGAAAUUGGAAAUUUUACAUUAUGUGGUGCGAAAGUUAAAGCAGGUUCAAAUUUAUUUAAAUAUGCCUCAUGUAUCUUUAAGACAGGUUGUAUUUUAAGUUUUAUAAGAUAUUGCAUAUGAAGCUCACUGUGAAAAUAAAACAAGAUAAAUGUUACUGUGGUCACGAA